UGUUGCUACCUCUAAAGAAUGUUCUUUUGCGAUAUUGUGAUUACUACCAAUGUGUGAUUCUUAAAUCGAAAGUAUUGUCACGCAGAAAUGGCUGAUGUACAAGAAGAAAGCCCUCCAAGCAGCAGUGAUAAUAAAGAUUCAGAUAAAGAGGAAGAUGUGUCUCCAAAGCUAAUCAGGCGACGGAAACAUGAGGAGAAAAGAUCGCAAGUACAAUUAGGCCAAUCUGACCAGCAAAAAGACAUUGCCAGUAAAGUAAGGAAAAAGAAGAAGAAGGAAGAGAAUGUUCUUUGUUCAAGGUUCAUUGCAUUUCUUAUGAUAUCACCUACAGUUAUUUAUGUUUUCUCCGUGCUUUAUGAUUUGGUGUCAAAAUAUUCUUUCUCGGGACGGAUCUAUCACAUCGGAGCACUUGUUAUUGGCUUUUUCUUAGCAGGCCUACUUUGUAUCUUUGUAUACAAGCCUCUGAAACCAUACCUCAAAUAUGUGGCAUGUGCAUCGCUGUUCGUGUUUUUCAUACCAACCAUACAAGUUUUCAAUUGCUCUCCAAUAUAUUUGAACAAUUCCGAAAUUGGCACAUUGGUCAGUCUCAAAGAAGAAGCUGAAGGAUUUUUGAAAAUUGCAUAUCAGAAUUCAGACUGCUGGAAACGCCAGUACUUCAAAACUCCUGCUCAGAUGUCACUUUAUUCACCAAAAAUAAGCAUAGUUUUGAAGCCAUACCAAAUAAUCAACAUUGGCAUGCAGCAUUUUGACCAGCAGGAUCAAGAAAGGGAAGAUGGCCCACCCCCUGAAGCCUUGCCAUAUACUCUGUACCUGUUGACAUCCAAAAGAAGUGUAAAAAGACAGAUUUAUUAUAUAAACCUUUUGACAAUGGUUGCAGGAAGAAUCCGAGGUAUUGCAGAUGUUUUGGAUUUGAGUGUUGAUGACAGAGAAAAUGUCACACUUCGCCUGACUGGGUCUUUGAGAAAGCUUGAUGCAGGCUUUCAAGAGACAAAGAAAGAAUUGGAAGCCAUGGAAUAUUUUGUAAGGCCUGUUGUAUAUCAUGUUCAUGAGUUACAUGUGCAUGGAAUGCCCGAAAAAGAAAAUGACAAGGAAGGCAAUGACUCUAAUGGGGGUAGAAGGAAUAAAGAGAAAGGCAAAAGAGAGCAAAAUUAAUAUGAAGAUAAUCAUUACUAAGGCAUGUUGAAAACUUAAUUCUGCUGCCUCUCUCGUGACGGCAGAAGUGAAAAAUUAUCUAACAGUUCACUCAAUUACAACAAUCUUUGCAUUACGGAACUCUUUUUGUUCUUUAAUAGCCUGUGUAUUUACUUUGAAUGUGCUCUUUCUACCUACAGUGAAAUUAUUGUGACAUACCAGCUUAAGAGAGACAUUAACAAGUAAAGACCCUAUUAUAAAACUCUCUCUCUGCUACUUUUAUGUGUGCAGGCAAGGUAGAUUGGUGAUUAAAGGGUUUGAUAGCAGUGCUGAAUUAGCUGGACGUUAGCAAAGUUUUGACCAAUUGUUUUGAUUCUCACUAUAUUUCCACCCAUAAAUGUUUGCUUGUUGCUAACAGCAAUGAAAGAAACAGGUAACCAUACCUAAUAUUGAAGCUAGCUCUCAAUAUGUGUCCUCUAACAAACACUCGGGCAUGUAUUGAUGGUUUAUGAUACUCCCUUACUUUUGCUCUUAUGCUUCCCUUUGAACAAAUUUAUAAUAUGUUCCAGGUGCAAGAUUAAGAAAGUGAUUUUAAGAAAAAACUAACAGUCAGCCUCACUUUUAGUCACACAUAAUCAACUGGAAAUUGAGUUUGACUACAAACAGAGCCAUAAGUACAGGCUAGGUGGGUGCUUUGGGGCCUAAGCCUCCAAAUAGGAGAAUUUAAAAGGCCCAUCAACAAAUCUGUGUUUUGCCCCCUUGAUAGUUUUCCAUUAUCUCAUAUACCUGGGGCUGUUUAAAUAAUCCAUGGUACCAUUGCAUUCUGUCAUUAAAUACAAAUCUAAAACAUUGGAAUCUUGAACAAAAAAUUCAACAUAAAUCAGCCCUGCUUGGAUGGUACACUUGAAAGAAGCUUAUAUUAAAUACUUUUGCAUAUCAGAACAAGUAAUGCAGAAUAGGACAGACAGAUUAUGGCAACUUCUCUUCCCACAUUUCAUCAGAAAAUUCUAUGUUAUGAAGCACUGCUCUCUUGUUUAAUAGUACAGUACAAGUUUGACUGAACAAUUAGAAACCUAUGGUAACUUGUGAGAAAUUCCUCAACAAUAAAAAAACUUCGAUAGAGAACAGAGUUUCAUCUGUUAGCACUACUCACUGCUACUAAGAGUACAUAAUGUUGAAAAUUAUUUCUUAGUGGUUUUUGUAUGGUUGAAACAAGUGUUUAAUACAUGAAAAUUAAAAUAUGAUUGAUCUA